AGUAAGCGGUGGUGCCCCUAGGACGACGCGUACACAAUAACACCACUGUCGUUUUCUACCUGAAGCUGUGUAAAUUAUUUUUAAGAUACUCUCCGACAACAUGUAGCUCACUUAUCAGUUCAGGACGUUUUAAUUUACCCAGCAGGCAGUCAUGUUGCUACCGUCGGACGUUGCAAGGCUUGUUUUGGGGUACCUUCAAGAAGAAGGACUGUCCGCCACAAGCCAAUCAUUUAUUCAUGAGAGUUCGAACCUGAAGGAGUAUGCAGAGCACACCACAGUAGAUGGGACUAUUCCUGCGUGUGUAUUUUCCAUUUUCGGAAAGGGUCUAACAACCAUCUUGAAUGAAUAUGUGGCUGCUAAAACAAAAGAGUCUUGUCAUGAAGUACCCGCCAUGAUGACCUCAUUGUGGAAAAAGUUAGAUUUUACACUCAACCAAAUCAAGUCUUUGCAAAAUUCUCCAGCUAUAUCAGCAUCUCAAAGAACACGUUCACGUGUUGGACUAGCAAACAUGGCGAGGCAGCGGGUCUUGGCUGUGGCUCCAGCCGGUGGCGUCGUCUGCUCCACAGUUUCUGAGACAGUCUCCAUUUUCACCCCUACACACACUUCCUCUCACUGCAUGAUCAGUCACUCUACCCCUGUGACCUACACCAGACCAGCUCCAGGCAGCGGCCUUAACCUGCAGAGCCACGAGGGUAGCCGAUUACUAAGUACACCAAGAGAUUCUUCUGUACAGAUAGUUUCUUCAGAACAUCGGCUAAAUCCAGGCCCAGUGUCUCCUGGACGCCGAAAAUGGAAGAGGACUGGAGCUGGAUCAAGUGGCACUAGCAGAUCUGCAGCGACUGUUAACAGUCUCACCACAGAACCACAGGCUGAAGAGGUUGUCGAUGAGAAUUUCCCACAACUUGUGAUUCAAAAUGCACGUGACAAGAUACUGGGGGACAGAUCAUUACAGGAAAAGCUUGCUGAAAACAUCAACAAAAUCCUUGCCAAUGAGCCAACACCUCAAACGCCAAAGGCCUCUUCAAACAUGGAGGUGCCAGACCAGUCCAUAGAUGAAAUCCUGGGAUUACAGGGAGAAAUCCAUAUGAGUGAUGAUGCCAUUCAUGACAUUUUGGAGCAAACGGAGUCAGACCCAGCUUUUCAAGCUCUCUUUGACCUCUUUGAUUACAAUAAACCCAGAGAAGAUGGAGAACCUGGUGAUGGAGAUAUCAGCAGUAGCCCAGAAGAGAGUGAUGCUGCUGGACCUUCAUUUAUUACUAGACCCCUUCAAAGUGAUGAUCCAGGUACACUACAAAGAGAUGGAAAUGCUUCUGAUUCAACAUUAGGCAAGAUGAAAACUGGACAAGAGCGCAAGACCAGAAAGUCCACUGGUCCUGCCUUAUUAAAGAAAGUAAUUAUUGGCCCCAGCAGCAGAGCAUCCAGAAUUGAGAACAGUUCAGCCAAACUAUUAGUGAUGAGCAGCAGUCAUGAGCAGCAACGAGGGGUCUCAUCUGCUGACGGUAAAGAAAGCUCACUCCUCAAUAAUAGUGUUGGUGUGUCACCAAUGGAUAUUGAUGAACCACUAAAUACACCCCCCCCUCCAUCAGACACCAUGGACACUCAGGAGGCACCGGAGCAAGCCUCAAACAAUACCCCCAGCACACAUGUCCUCAGUGAGUCAGCCUCAUUUUCCUCAUCUAGAGCCAGUGUUGCAUCGGCCUCAUCAGAAGCACCAGUGAGUUCAAAUGCGAACAGAAAACAGGAGAGUAAACGGGCACAAGGAUCUAAUGAGCAACCUGUGACAUCCCCUGCUUCAGCUGUGAGUAAUCAGUGUAGUUUAUCUUCUCCUGCACAACUUAAACUGAGCGACAUUCCAACACUGACUGCUCCCCUACCACAUAUGUCAGUUUCAAGCAGUGGAGGAAAUACACAUCAAGUGCCUACUCGCUUAGAAAUACCUGAUUCUGCUACUUCAACAUCACUUGCUAUGGCCACAGUUCGAGCUGCAUCUGUCUUGCCAUCAACAACCACCACUGCAGCACCUGGCUCAUCAACACAUGCUUCUACCUCUGCAACUCCCACAGCUACAGCUGCCUCAGCCACAACUGCCUCACCUGCCCCCUCGUCCUCCUGCGCACCAGCCGCAGCAGGACCUGAUGCACCAACGACGAGUAUGAAUACUACAAGCAAGGCUGCGGCUGAUUCCAGUAAUAUAGUUUCAUUGAAAAUUAUCAUCAGUGACAACCAGGAAGAGGAUUCUGUUAGUGAUACAGCCUUGAGUCAGGCAAUUUCCAGCAUCUCUGGGGACAAAAUACCCACCAUCUAUCUGUCCUCCCCAGCCAAGACCACUGCAGUCCCUGGUACACCAAAGGCCAGUUUGGAUGAGGUAGCACAGGCAGUCAGUGGCUUACAGAGCUCCGAGGCACAGGCUAAUCUUCUCAGUGGAGGUAAAACCGGGGCAGUCAUGUCAUCUCCGUUAACAGGAAUAUCACAGGCCCAGCAGAGCUACAUAAUUCAGGUACCAUUGGACACCACCAACCCUUCCACUGCAAGCUAUUUCCUAGUGACUGAACACCCAACAUCAGAUGCUCAAGGCAGACAGAAGUUAGUGCCUGCUGCUGUGUCAACAGGUCAGCCGCUUUCCCCCAGCCACUUUGGUGUGAACACACCUCGCUCCCAAGGCUUCUCCCCUGGGCCAGCACUCAUCUUACCAUCACCUGUGAAACCUGUGGUGCUGCCUGUAUCUGUUAUGGGGCAGAAUCCUUUGGGGAACGUGCAGAUGGUGUCAAAUCAGCUUGUUGCUAUACCAAACCCAAUUGCAGUGCAACAGCCAGAAACUGCCAAGCCUAAACAGUCUACAACAGCUGGUGCUGAACAAACUGUGGGAGGUCGAGUGGUUCAAUCAUUAUUGGCUGAAAACACCGGUCAGCAGAAUGUAGCCGUGGGUCCAAUCCCCAGUCACAGGAGAAUUCUUUGUUUCGAUUCAUCUGGUGAAGUCCAACAACAAACUACGAAAAGAGUAAACGCUACAGCAUCAGCUCCAUGUGUAGCUACACCCCGAUCUGUCCCACAGACUGUGAAAGAUCAUUCACAGUCAGUCCCUCGAGCAAAGCCUGCUAUCCUGGGUAGUAACAAGCCUAAAAGGAGGAUAGAGACUGUCCGUUGUUCAGAUGUUGGCCAGUUUGGCAAAGGACUGAUGAAGGAGCCUGAGAAGACUACACCUCCACAACAGAGCCAGAAAGAUGCCAUUAAAAAGAGCUCACGCAAACAAGAUCAUACCCUCCAUAUCAAAGACCCUCACAGUGCAAGUUCCAGACAGUUGGACAGCCCACAGUCUCCAAAAAAGUCAGAAUCAGGAAGGAGAUCCAAAUCUACUGAGAGGAAACAUAAUCAUGGUGUGGAUGAUGAUGGAGCAAAGGCUCACAAAUCACAGACUUCUGGGUCGGUGUCCUCAGAUUCUCUACUGAAAUCAGGAGGCAGGAAGGACAAAGAGGAGAGCAGCAGAAAAGAACCUUCCAAAACCCGAGAGGGCCGCAAUGAGAAGAAAACUGCAUCUCAGGAGAUUCCAAAUGUGACUGCUAACAAGGAAAAUGAAAUGAAAGGUAGCAUGCAAGAGCAACAGUCACCCCCUUCAACCUCAGGACCAUCAACAGUCUCCCAGCCUACAUCUAACAUUCAGUCCAAGACUACAAAACCCCCUUCAAAGACCAGUUCUCUGGCCAAACAGGCAGCUGAGAUGCUGCAGGACAUCCAGGGACUGAACUCUCCUUCAACCCCCAGAGGAGGUGUUGGCAGUGCAGACCAUCUUCCCCGGACUCCUGGAACUGGACGCAUUCAGGAGGAGUCUGCUGACUCUCCCAGGACUCCUUCCCGACAGAAGAAAGACAAAGAUGCAGAGGGGACCCCCAAGCGUCUAGUGCCACCCAAUACCUCAGAUGUCCCCACUUGCAGCCCUGCGAGUGAGGCCGGUAGUGAAAACAGUAUUAACAUGGCUGCUCACACACUCAUGAUUCUUUCCCGUGCUGCCAUCGCAAGAACGGGUACUCCCCUGAAGGACAGUCUACGUCAGGAGGGGGUUGCAGAACAGGCUCCCUCAACUUCAAAAAUGUCUAAGAAGCGCAAACAGUCUUCACCUACAUCCAGCCCCCCUGCAAAGAAAGAGUCAAAACGAUCUCCUAGCACAAAGAAAGAUCGAGAAAGGAAGAAACUUGUAGACUGUUUCCCCCAUGACCUGGAUGUGGACAAGUUCCUGUCUUCACUUCAUUAUGAUGAAUGAAUGCAUACACUGAAAGAAAGGACUACCAUAUCACUACCUGCUUAGGUUACUACCCAGGAAUAGAACAAGCCAUCUGCUGAACCAGUGCCUAUGGUUCCUAUUAGUAACCUUGCCCUAGACCUUAUAAGCUGUAAUGACCUACUGAGCCAAUGAGGGACUUGAUUCUGUUCAGUGAUAUCCUGUUAGGUCCAGCAGCUGCAGGGCAACUGAGGCACUUUGUUGUAUUUUUGUCCUCACGUUCACCUCUGUUUAAUUUAUCAUUGUUUUUAGUACUAUCAAACAGUUUCAUGUUUUUUGAGCACUUUGACAGAAUAGGUGCAACAUGUUCACAUGGGAUCUCAGUGACUCAGCAUUUGUUGGUCAAUAUUUGACUACAGAUCGACGAAUCCAGUUAAUAGAGACUGACAUCAGCUUGUAAAAAGUAAAUUUUGUAGGAUGUCUGUAGCUGUAAUUUUAAUUACACUGAUUUGAACAUUGAAGGUCUGCUUGAUUUUUUUUUUCUUUCUUUUUUUUAGUUUUUUUUUUUUUUUUUUCAUGGUUACAAAUGUCAGAUUAAAUUAAAAUUAAAAGUACUAUCAAUGUUUCUGAGAGAAAAAUGCAUUGAGUAAGUGGUAGAAUCAGAUACAUUCAGUGUGAAAAUUGGUUCAGCUGUUCAGAUUUCCCCCCUCAGGCUUCAUUCAGUGUUUACCAGACAAUACUGUAAUAAAUUAAGGAAUCAUUUAUA